AUGGCCGCCGCCUGCCGGUGAGCGCGUCCGCGCGCCGGCCGUUGCUGGGCAUGCUCCCUGAGUGCCCCGCACCAACAUGGCGGCCGUCUUCGCGGGGUGACUUUAAUUCUCGGUUUUCGGUUGUAGCCGGCCGGUGCCCAUUUCUCUUCAGAAAGCUCUGAGCGCUUGGUGGAGCCGGGAAAGGAAGGGUGAAGGCGGCUGUGAACGGGAACAGGGGGCUGCAGGCAUCCGGCCGGCUCCUGGCGGGAGGACGAUGGCGGAGGGCGAGCGGCAGCCGCCGCCAGACUCUUCAGAGGAUACCCCUCCAGCCACUCAGAACUUCAUCAUUCCAAAAAAGGAGAUCCACACGGUUCCAGACAUGGGCAAAUGGAAGCGUUCUCAGGCCUACGCCGACUACAUUGGAUUCAUCCUCACCCUCAAUGAAGGUGUGAAGGGGAAGAAGCUGACCUUCGAGUACAAAGUCUCUGAGGCCAUUGAGAAACUGGUCGCUCUUCUCAACACGCUGGACAGGUGGAUUGAUGAGACGCCUCCGGUCGACCAGCCCUCUCGAUUUGGGAACAAGGCCUAUAGGACCUGGUAUGCCAAACUCGACCAGGAAGCAGAAAACUUGGUGGCCACAGUGGUCCCCACCCACCUGGCGGCUGCUGUGCCCGAGGUGGCGGUUUACCUAAAGGAGUCCGUGGGAAACUCCACGCGCAUCGACUACGGCACAGGACAUGAAGCAGCCUUUGCUGCUUUCCUCUGUUGUCUCUGCAAGAUUGGGGUGCUCCGGGUGGAUGACCAAAUAGCUAUAGUCUUCAAGGUGUUCAAUCGGUACCUGGAGGUCAUGCGAAAACUCCAGAAAACAUACAGGAUGGAGCCCGCCGGCAGCCAGGGCGUGUGGGGCCUGGAUGACUUCCAGUUUCUGCCCUUCAUCUGGGGCAGUUCGCAGCUGAUAGACCAUCCAUAUCUGGAGCCCAGACACUUUGUGGAUGAGAAGGCCGUGAAUGAGAACCACAAGGACUACAUGUUCCUGGAGUGCAUCCUGUUUAUCACCGAGAUGAAGACAGGCCCCUUCGCAGAGCACUCCAACCAGCUGUGGAACAUCAGUGCUGUCCCAUCCUGGUCCAAAGUCAACCAGGGUCUCAUCCGCAUGUACAAGGCUGAGUGCCUGGAGAAGUUCCCGGUGAUCCAGCACUUCAAGUUCGGGAGCCUGCUGCCCAUCCACCCUGUCACUGCGUGCUAGGGGCUGAGCAGCCAGAGCCAUCGGGGCCACCCUCCCCGCUCCGGCCCUCCUCACCCCUCCCUCUGUUCUUUAUGUUUGAUGAGAAGCUGUUUACCGGGGUGGGUGGUGAGUGUGGGGUUGAGGGAGGCUUGGGGCAUAAGGCUGAGGGACCCAAGUGGGGAGUAGUGACCAACGUGUGGCCAGUUUCCUGAUUUCCCGUGGGGGACCGGCAAGGAGAGGGUUAGGGGCUCCCUGGCCUGCGCCCGCCCCGGCCUCCUCCCACCCGUGUUGGGGUAGAGAGAGCUGCUACACGCUGUGGGGAGGGGUGUGCUGCGUCCCAGUGGCCCUCUUCCUGUGUCCCGUUCCCUUCCUGGGGCGGGGCCCUUGCUCUUGCGGCGGCUUGGUUCCCCAAGCCCUGUCGGUGUGGCUGUCUGGUGUUCUGAGCCUCCCUGGGGUCGGGCAGGGAGAAGCACCCACUGGGCCAGUGGUCACCCUCCCAGUUCCUCGUCCCCCAGCCGCCCCUUUGGUCAGCCCCUCAAUCCUGGCUUUUCUGUCUUCUUGGCGUUGGAUCUCUUGGCCGUCGCCACAGCUGGCUCCCUCCCGAGGUUAGCCCAGGAGACUGCCAGUAGGUGCUGGGCUCCUGGGCGGGUCCAGCAGGGUUGGCUCAUGGCACACUGGGUGAGACCUGCCUGGCCACAGUGUUCCUGGCCAGUGGGGGUGACGGAGACUCGGCCGGGGCUUGGGGCCGGUUAUGGGCGCACAGCACCUGCAUCCUCGGGCCGUCUCGUCCACGCCCCGCCCCUGCUGCUUCUCAGAGGUCCCUCGGGGCUGCCGCGGGCGGGCUCAGAAGGCAGCAGCCCACCCCUUGUCCUCCAUCUCCUGAAGUCACCGCAGGUUUCCGGGCUGAGGUAGGGACGCCCCGAGCCCAGGCUUUGGCGCUGAGGGUGUUUCCCCUCCGGGGGUGGGGGGUGCGGCCACGCCCGUUCUCCUGUUUUCUUCUAGGGUUGUUCUCAGACCUGACUCUUGCAGGCCUUCCCCCGCCCAAGCCCCGGCCUGCCUUUCUCCACUGCCCCCGCCCCAAGCCUGGGUCCACAUGCGCUUUGGGAAGGAGAGACCCGAGAAGCACAAUACAGGGGCUUGGCCCUCAGGGCUGGGCCGAGACUGGGCCAGGAGCCAGAGUCACGGCAGGGUUCUCCCAGGAGAGGCCGGUGCCCGCCUCCCUCUCGGGGUCCAGACCGUAGCCGUCCUGGCUCUUCCUGGCUCCUCCUGCCAUGCACCCCUCCGGCCCCCAGCUCCUUGCGCCUUCAUUGCAGUUCCAAUUAAAGCCUGUUUGCUCCUGUCACCUGGGUGAGGUGUGUCUUUUCGUGCCUCCCGCUGGCUCUCUCGCCUCUCGACCCAUUUGGUCCCUUCCC